CAUGCCAUCUAGUAUUGAAAAAGUCAUUGACGAUAGUAAUUCAAAGAGUCAAAAUGAAAAGAACUCAUCGAAAGCCGGAAUUGUGUUUACUAGUAUUUUAGGGGCAUCCGUAAUUGGUCUGACAACCGUAUGCUACGCUUUCGUAAGGCCAGCUCUACGAAAAAUAUGCUUGCCAUUUGUGCCAGCAACUCAAGAACAAAUCUCUAAUGUUCUUAAGUUAUUAAAUGGCCGUAGUGGCAAAGUAAUUGAUUUGGGUAGUGGUGAUGGACGAAUAGUCAUUGAGUGUGCCAAGAAAGGUUUUCAAGCAGAGGGUAUCGAACUAAAUCGUUGGCUAAUUUAUUUUUCUAGAUACUCAGCCUUUCGACAUAACGUUCAGAAUAGAACAAAAUUUUAUUGUCAAGAUUUAUGGAAGAUGAAUUAUUCUAAUUAUAACAACAUUGUAAUUUUCGGAGUUGAACCAAUGAUGCAACAAUUAAAAGAAAAGCUUGUAAAUGAAAUGCCAUCAGACGAUCAUUGUUUAAUAGUUUGCAGAUUUCCGCUACCCAAUACUGUCUCUUCAAAAAUCGUAGGAGAAGGUAUUGAUACUGUUUGGUUGUAUAAGAAGCGUGACUUAUUAAAGUAA